AUAUAUAUUUUUUUUUUUAAAAAAAAAGAGAGGAGAAUAGUUUUGCUUGAAUCGCAAGUUUCCCUGAGAGAAAUGGCAACUCAUCAGACCUUUAUUUCAUACUAUAUUGUUCUGAUUAUGGUGCCAUUUGCAUGGUCGUUAAACACUUUAACAGCUAACCAAGUUCUCUCGAUAUCAAGCAAUCGCACAAUGAUUUCUCCCGGUAACGUUUUCGAGCUGGGUUUCUUCAAACUCGCCGGGUCAAAUACUAAAGAAGAUGGCGAUGAGCGUUGGUACCUAGGCUUGUGGUUCUACAAAGAAAGUUCGAAAAUGAAUCCUCUUUGGGUAGCUAAUCGAGAGCGCCCCUUGUUUGAUUCCAAGGGAGCCCUAAAAAUACACAAGUCCAAUCUGGUAAUCGUCGAUCAAACUGGAAACAUUAUAUGGUCUUCUUCGAAUGUGGCUCCUCAUCAAAAAUCUCCGGUGGUAGCAGAGCUUCUAUCUAACGGUAACUUCGUCUUGAGAUACACAGACGACAACAGGGGGGGGUUCGUUUCUUUGGGAAAGUUUUGAUUACCCGACUGACACCCUGCUACUCACUGGGUCUGAUUCCGCUAAAAAAGGCGUCAACAGAAGCCUUACUGCUUGGCUAAAUGACAAUGACCCUUCUCGUGGAAUUUAUUCGUAUGCAUUGCUGGGCAGAAAUAAGGAGAUGUUUUUGUUGGAUGAGAAAUCAUCACCGGUUUACAGAAGAAGUUUCGGUUUAAAGACAUCGUAUGCACUUGGCAAGGGAUACUACUUGCUACUACUGCAAGUGACGUACGAUGGACAAUUACGGCAGUUUUCAUGGUCUCCAACUACAAGUGAAAAAACCUUGUUGUGGCAGAGGCCCAGAGAUAGAUGCGAUUAUUAUGGCAAGAUUUGUGGUUCUAACAGCGUCUGCAGUUUUGAGAAGAUGCACGAGAUUCCCAGCUGUACUUGUUUCAAAGGCUUUAAGCCAAGAUACUGGUGGGGAUGGUCGUCAAAAGAAAUGAAAGAAGGAUGCCAGAGGAUAAGUCGGUUGAACUGUACUGGCAAUGGGUUUCAAGUUCUGAAGAAUGUCAAGUUGCCGGAUACAAAAGACGCGGAUGUGGAGAGGAGCAUUGGUCCAAAGGAAUGUAGACAAAGGUGUAUAAAAGAUUGCAGCUGUACGGGGUUUGCUAAUGUGGACUUGGAUUGUUUCCUUUACAGUUCUGAUCUAGUUGAUAUACGAACACUGCAAAGUGGUCAAAAAUUAUACGUCAAAGUGGAUACUAGUUAUCUCGGCAAAGCUAGAAGGAUUAGUGAAACAUUAAUCAAAGGUGUGAUAAUUGGUUGCGGAGGAACCAUCGGUACUGUUCUGGUUUUCACCAUCUUAUGGUGGUGCUGGAAGAGAAUUCAGAAGCCAUCAGGAGAAACUGGUAACAGUUUCUUUAUUUCAUUAUCUCAUCUGAUUCAAUUUCUAGAUAUGUACUUCUACCUAUGUUAUUAUUAUUUUUUAUUUAUUUAUUUUGUUUUUGUUUGUCUUAAUGUGAAAUGAAACACAGAUCUACUAAUGGACGGAGAUAGAACUGACUCGUCCGAGGUUUUGGCAGUUCGAGUUCCGCGGAUUGAGUAUCCAACUAUCGCUGAAGCAACCAACGACUUUUGUGAUUCGAACAUACUUGGCAAAGGUGGAUUCGGUACAGUUUACAAGGUAACAAAUAAUAAUAAUUUUUAACGUGUUGGUUCUUAUUAGCUGUUGAACUUUUCUCUUGGCUUUACCUCUUACUCAUGGCAAGCCUCUC